CGUGGCGCGCUCUUGAAGCUAAGCGGUAGUCAUGGAGCUGAUAGGGGAGUACGUUGGGUGGGACGGGCAGCGGCAGCGGCUGCGGGUGUCCUGUGAGACUCCGCCCGAGGCCGACCGUUUCCAGGGACUGUUGUCGGGCGUGGCCCAGAUGAGGGAGCUGGUGAUCGAACUCUUCGAUCCCCUGGUACAGCGGGAAGCGAAGGACCGGGUGACGCCGUUCCCAGACGCGGCCUUGGACGGUGAUGAUGAAGAUGAUGCAGAAGAUGAAAAUAACAUUGAUAACAGAACUAAUUCAGAUGGACCAUCUGCAAAACGGCCAAAACCACCAUCUUAACAAUAGCUUUUAUGAAAUUAAAAGACUGCUACUAUAUCCUAAUUAUCACACACUGACAUUUGAGGAAGACUUGUACUCUAAUUUGGAAAAAUAUUUAUUUUAUUCCCUUGGGACAAUUUUGUCAGAGAGAAAACUGUUUCUUCUGUUUCUAGCAAAGAAAGAUAACGUUUAAAAAUAAAAUCUGUUUUCUUUAGUAAGAAAUAAUUAUCAGGCCAUGGACAUAAAAUAGAACACUUCAUAAUGUAUAAAACUCCUCUAAGUUGGCAACUGAAUUUUUAUUGUUUUCUAUUUUUUAAAUUAGCCAUUGAAUUAAAUUAUGUGAUGUCUGUAUCUUUUAGCUUCUGCUUCUGUUAUAAAAAGUACAUGUCAUGGUUCAUAGGCAAUAACAUUUCGAAGAACUGAUGUGAGCAAGCAGUGAAGUUUGGGUAUUAAAUGUAAGAAUGUCAGUUCUUUAUAAGUAGAGGAAAAUAAAGGAGUACAAGUACUGAAGAGAAUCAAGGAGAAUCCUUGAGAGAGACCCAAGGAAAUCUUGAAUUCACACCUGUACCCAAUAUACGGACAUCCAGAGGUGAUACCACUCAAUGAAUGUGCAUUAAUCUUCUGAUAUAUGUUGUACCAUAAGAAACAAUAUAUGUUCACAGCUACAUAGGAAAAAUAAGUUCUAGUGGUCUACAGUAGUGCUAGUCAUCUAUAAUUAAUAAUUUAUUGUAUAUCGUCAGUUGGUUAGAAGAGAGGACCUCAAGUGUUCUCAUCACAGAGAAAGUUAAUUUUUGUGGUGACAAAUUUGCUAAUCACCCUGAUUCGAUCAUCACACAUUGUAUGCAAGUAUUGAAAUAUAACUCUGUACCCCAUAAAUAUGUACAGUAAGUGCGUCAAUUAAAAAAUAAAAUAAAAAUUUUUAAAAGUUAAAAAAAAGAAACAAUCUAUGUUGACUAUAACUUAAAUAUUUUUCC